CUAACGAUGUCGAAACUCGACUCGGCGAACCGCCUCAGUCGAGCACGAGCUACGAUGAGGAGCGCACGCGUCCGCGUCGCCUCCUCACAUCUCGCACGUACGUUGGAACGUAAACAUUGAUCAGUGAAGUGUACGAUGAUCCAGUGAACUUGAACAAAAUUUGAUACAGUGUAUGAGUGAAUGAACAAAUUUCAAAACGAUCAAAGACAAAUGUAUAGAGAAAAUGUUUCAAUUUGUGACUUUUUUAUUAUUAGUGACUUUGGGUGUAAUAUCCGCGUAUGUGACGAGAGAUUCGGAUAACUGUAGAAAAGAUUUCGAUGGCGAUAAAAGUUCAACUUUGUGUCAUGUGCGGACGCUCGAAACAAAUGGAUCCAAUCUUUCUUCGGCGCCUUCUGACAGUACAAGAACUUUAAUCGUUGAGUGCAAUCAACUUCUGUUGUUUGAAAGUUAUCUUGAAGCAAACUAUUUUCAACGAUUUGGAAAGUUGGAAGAUUUGACUCUACGCAAUUGCAAACUUCUACGGAUACCUGGAAAUGCGUUUGAAGGAUUACGCGAAUUAAAGAACUUAUCAAUAAGGACUAAAAACCAUGACUGGAGCUAUAAUAAAGUUUUAGAACUUUCGCUAGGAGCUUUCAAUGGUCUACGAGAAUUACAGUCGCUGGAUUUGGGAAAUAACAAUCUGAAAGCUAUACCCGCAGAUGUGUUUUGCCCUUUGGAGAAUUUGCAAAUACUAAACAUUACUCACAACAGAAUUAAAGCCAUAGAUCGUCUAGGAUUUGGGAAAACCUGUGGAUCUGGUCUGAGUAAUUUAGAUCUGAGUUAUAAUGAAAUUAAAUCUUUGAGCGAAGAAUCAGAGAUUUCAGGACUUCGUCGACUUCAAGAGCUGAGACUUCAACAUAAUAACAUCAGUGAUAUUUCUAGUGAAAUAUUUAAUGGACUUAUUUCAUUACGCAUAUUAAAUGUUUCUCAUAAUAACCUGCACACCAUACCCGAGGGCACGUUCUCUAAUACGAAAGAGUUGCGAGAAAUAUAUUUAAAUAAUAACCUACUAUUUGAAUUAGCCAGAGGCGUUUUCCACCGAUUAGAACAGCUGCUUGUCUUAGAUUUAUCGAAUAAUCAACUCUCAAGUGCUCACAUCGAUGGAGGAACUUUCAUUGGUCUUAUACGCUUAGUCAUUCUGAAUUUAUCCAAUAACGCCUUGACGAGGAUAGAUGGUAAGACGUUCAAGGAUUUAUUCUUCCUUCAAAUAUUAGAUUUAAGAAAUAAUUCAAUUGGAUAUAUUGAAGAGAAUACUUUCCUUCCUUUGUAUAAUUUACAUACUAUAAACUUAGCUGAAAAUAGAUUGCACACUAUCGAUGAGCUCCUUUUUAAUGGCUUGUUUGUUUUAAGUAAAUUGAAUUUAAAUAACAACCUUUUAAUUAAUAUCGAUCCAAAAGCGUUUAAAAAUUGUUCCGACUUGAAAGAACUAGAUUUAAGUUCCAACCAAUUAACCGAAGUUCCGAGGGCUGUAUGGGAGUUGUCUGUACUAAAAACCUUAGAUUUAGGAGAGAAUUUAAUAAACGAUAUUAAAAAUGGGUCAUUUAAAAAUUUAGAUCAGUUAACUGGCUUGAGAUUGAUCGAUAACCAAAUAGGAAACCUUAGCGUGGGCAUGUUUUGGGACUUACCGAGCCUUCAAGUAUUAAAUUUAGCAAAAAAUAAAAUUCAAGCCGUUGAAAGAGGGAGUUUUGAACGAAAUAAACAAUUAGAAGCCAUACGAUUAGAUGGUAAUUUCAUAUCGGAUAUAAACGGGGUGUUUGCGACCUUAUUGAGUUUACUUUGGCUUAAUUUGUCUGAAAAUCAUUUAGUUUGGUUUGAUUACGCGUUUGUACCUAGUAAUUUGAAAUGGUUAGACGUACAUGGAAAUUUCAUAGAACAUUUAGGUAAUUACUAUAAACUCCAAGAUCAAAUUAGAAUAAAAACAUUGGAUGUUAGCCACAACCGUAUCGUAGAAAUAUCCCCAUUGGCGAUCCCAAACAGUGUGGAACUGUUGUUUAUAAAUAACAACCACAUUAACAAUAUCCAAGUAAACACGUUUAUGGAGAAACGUAAUCUCACAAGAGUGGAUAUUUACGCAAAUGAGAUAUCUCAUUUAGAUAUCAACAGCCUCCGGUUAUCGCCAGUCCCCUUGAACAAGUCGUUGCCAGAGUUCUAUAUAGGAGGAAAUCCGUUCGAUUGUGAUUGCUCUAUGGAAUGGCUGCCUUUAAUAAAUAACAUGACUGCCAUGAGACAACACCCUAGAAUUAUGGAUCUCGAAAAUGUGCUAUGCAAAAUGACCCAUACUAGGGGUGUUACGCAUAUCCCAUUAAGUAAUUUAAAAUCAACAGAUUUCUUGUGCACAUACGAAACACACUGCUUUACUUUGUGCCACUGUUGUGACUACGUUGCUUGUGAUUGCCAAAUGACUUGCCCUUAUAAUUGUUCUUGUUACCACGACCCGACCUGGCAUACAAAUGUAGUUGAUUGUUCUAGUCAAAGUGCUGUCGAAAUACCAGAAAAGAUACCUAUGGACGCAACUGAGGUCUAUUUAGAUGGGAAUAACUUUAAAGAAUUGCAAAAUUAUGCAUUCAUAGGCAGAAAAAAUAUGAGAUCGCUGUAUGUAAAUUCGAGUGAAGUUGAAAAUAUACAUAAUAGAACAUUUGCCGGUUUAUCGUCCCUCGUUAUUUUACAUCUGGGGAAUAAUAAACUGAAAUACAUAAAUGGAUACGAAUUUGAGCAUUUGACUUCACUCACUGAGCUUUAUUUACAAGAAAAUUACAUUGGCUAUAUUGAAAACAAUACAUUUUCAAGUUUGCUCUCUUUAAAAAUUUUAAGAAUAGAUGGAAAUAGGUUAGUGGACUUUUCUCUCUGGAUUUUAACUUUAAAUAAGAAUUUAAAUAGUAUCUCAAUUGGAAAUAAUAUGUGGUCGUGUAAAUGUAGAUAUUUGCAAAGGUUAACUGCGUAUUUAUCAGAAAAUGUUCCUAAAAUAGUAGAUUUAGCAGAUGUAUGGUGCUCAAAUAUAGGGCAGUCACCACCAAAGAAAGAAUUGAACCUCAAUGGUACCAUAUGUAGUGACUACUACGCCAGUGAUACGGCAAUAGACAAUAUGCUCAUUACAAAUUACAUGCCGAUGAUGGUGACCUCAUUAACUGGAUUUAUGUUAAUCCUACUCGUUACUCUUAUUAUAUUUUUAUGUAGAGAUACGAUUAGAAUAUGGCUCUAUACUAGUUGUGGAAUUCGAUUUUUUCCAUUUGCUGGAGCAUAUGAUGACACAGAUAAAUUAUACGAUGCCUACAUAUGUUACAGCCCUAAAGAUGAUGAUUUUGUUAUACAAACUUUAGCUGCUGAACUAGAAAAUGGUAGUCCAUCUUAUCACCUUUGCUUGCAUUAUAGAGAUAUUCCACAACCUGGGGUAGCUUAUAUGCAAUAUACUCUACCACUUCCCGAAGCAGCCGAGGCAUCAAAGCGUAUCAUACUGGUCUUGACAAGAAAUUUUCUCGAAACUGAAUGGUCUCGCUUUGAAUUCAAACAGGCACUUCAUAGCAUUUUAAAGUCACGUAUUUACACAUUAAUAAUUAUAGAAGACAGUUCAGUAUUGGUUGAAGCUCAAUGCGAUCCAGAUUUGAGGCCCUAUUUGAAAACUAGUUUACGUAUAAAAUGGGGUCAAAAUAAAUUUUGGGAAAAAUUACGUUACUCAAUGCCGGAUCGCAAGUACAAGUCAAAAUCAUCUAGUUUUAGAAACAACAUAAGUUCUUACUCAAUGAGAAGUGGUGUCCAAAAUGGGACGAUGAGAUCGUUUUCGUUUACGGAAAAAAUGAGAGGACCCGGGGAUAGCGUGUCCGCGGCACCUGAAUUCUUAGACGGACGUUCGCAACACGUUCAAACUGCUUACGGUACCGAUGGUAGGCCUCCAUCAGACCACAUUUAUUCGUCAAUAGAUUCAGAUUACUCGUCAUUAGAAUUAGGUGGAAGUAAUCCUAAUAGAAGACGAGACUUUAGGCAUUGGCCACCGCCUCCUACUCUGAUUGACACGCAACAUUCAGGUGGUCAAGCUUACCUGGUCUAGUCUUCGCUUCUAAAUGUUUUGAAUUAUAUAAAUAAUGUAGUCAAAGCUUCUUGUGUAAAUUGUUAUUGUAAAAUGCGCGCUUUACCAAAUAAUUAAAAAUUUUAAUCUAUUUUUGUAAUAUAAUAAGCCAUUAAAAAGGGCGUUGAUUUCGGAAUGUUGGUGUAAAUAAAUUCUAUAAGACUGCUGUAGAUUAUGUGAAUUUUGUAAAUAGCUGUAAUUAUAAUAAUAUGUAAAUAGAUGUCCAUAUGAAGUCACAGUAUACCUAUUUAUAUACUUUAAUAAAGCCAUUGUGAUAAUUUUUGCAUA